UAGUAGUAAAGGCUCCUCACGCACACUUAAUCGAGGCAAUUUACUAGCAAUGUCCUCAACCUGCAGACUUUUAAUCAACAUUUGGAAAAGCUAAAACGAGAUUCGCCAUUACGUGGGGGGAACGGUGUCUGCUUCAGCUUCUGAUCUCACGAUCUAAAUCAUGUCGUGUUCAGACGCCAAAACAGAGAUAAGAGGGAGAAGAGGAAGUUUGGACGUAGAUCAACCAAACCUGUCUUUAAGAAGACUGGUGCUGGUUGGUAAAACUGGAGCAGGGAAAAGCUCUUCUGGAAACACCAUCCUUGGCAGAAAAGCCUUCAGAGCUGCCAAAAGUGGUUUAUCUGUAACUAAAAAAUGCAGAAAAGAGACUGCAGAAGUGGCUGGAAGGGAAAUUACCCUGGUAGAUACACCUGGUCUGUUUGACACAGAUGCUUCAGAUGAAUAUCUGAAACAGGAGAUCAGUAAGUGUAUAAAUAUGACGGCACCUGGACCUCAUGCCAUCAUCCUGGUCAUUCAGGCAGGUCCAUUCACUAAAGAAGAGAGAGACUCAGUGGAGAAGAUCAGAGCUUUAUUUGGAGAAGAAGCAGACAAACGCACAAUCAUCCUCUUCACUCAUGGCGAUGAACUGAUUGGCUCUUUUGAGAAACACAUCAGUGAAGCCAGUGACAACCUCAAAGAGAUCCUGAGGCGCUGUGGGGGAAGAUAUCACGUCUUCAAUAACAAAGGGAUGGAAAAUAGAAAACAAGUUACAGAGCUCCUGGAGAAAGUGGAGGACAUGAUCACUGCUAACGGAGGUGGAUUUUACACCAGUGGUUUUUACCAAGAUGUGGUGAUGGUGCUGAAACAUAAAGAGGAGGAACUGAAGCAAAACUAUGAGAAAAAACUUCUCGACACUCAGAGAGAACUGGAGUCCAGAUUUAAUGAAGAGAAGAAGAAACUGCUGGACAGAAUAGACACACUAACAGCAUCUGAGCAGGAAAAAGAAGAGAAGAUCAAAAAGUUGGAACAGCUGAAUGAGAGGAACAAGAUUGACAUGAUUGAGUACAAGCGAUUUUAUGACACAAAGCUCAGAGAGGCCAGACAGGAAGCAGAACAGACCCGUCUUAAUGAGAGUAAACUAAUGGAGAUCUUCGCAAAGUUUCAAACAAUCCAGCUCUAAGCACUGAUUUUACAUUGUAACAUUUUCUUUAAUGUUUAAACAAUAUGCACUGCAAUGAUCCAUGUAAUCCUAAUUUUACAGAAAAUAACUGAUUUUUUGGAUGACCAUUUUCUUUCAUUUAAAAAUUUUACUCA